AUGGCUGCUGUUGACAACUCACCAGAGGCGCGCCGCGCACGACUUGAAGAGGUCGACCUCGAAGGCGGUGGACCAGCUGGCGCCAAUCGUCCUAGCUUUUACUUAACGAAGACGGAAGUGAAGCUGUUGGGGAUCGCAGGGGUUGGAUUCUUCCUCGAUGCAUACGACCUUUUCGUCAUCAAUCCGGUUUCGACGAUGUUGCAGUACCGUCUGUAUGGCGGGAAAGCUAUACCAGCUGGCAUCCAAGGUGUCCUCAAGGCAGGGGCCAACAUCGGCAGCGUCAUCGGGCAAUUUGCAUUCGGGUUUCUCGCGGACUCGUUGGGAAGAAAAGCCGUUUAUGGGAAGGAGCUCAUGCUAAUUAUCUUUGCAACUAUUAUGUGUCUGACUACCCCUACCGGCUCCCUAAGCCCCGAUAACGCGAUAAUCUACUUGACCAUUUUCCGUGUCAUUCUCGGAAUAGGUGUCGGAGGCGACUAUCCGAUGUCGGCGUCCGUUACAUCUGAUCGCGCGGUCCUCCGCCGACGAGGAACUAUGCUUGCGUACAUCUUCUCCAAUCAGGGCUGGGGCUCUUUCUUCGGCGGCCUCGUUACCAUUAUCGUCCUUGCCGCAUACAAGCAUGUGAUGGACGGAAAAGGCGAGACCAGCAAGGUUGAUGGAGUGUGGCGUAUAGUCGUGGGCGUAUCCCUCGUCCCAGCUUUCGCGACCCUGUACCAACGGCUAACCCUUCCCGAAUCAUCGCGCUUUGAAGAAAGCCGGCACCAGCACGUGCAGGCGACCCGGGCGGUGAACGAUGACGCCAGCUCGGACCACGAGAAGCCGAAGAAGACUGAAGCGGGCGGGCCCAUCGCAAAGACGGAGACUGAGGAGGUCGCGGUACAUAUGGAAGAAGCCAAGCGGCCGGGACACUUCCGGGGUAUUUCUCGUUAUUCCUUAUCAUGUUUGUUGAAGCCGCCUGCAGAGUUCCUUGUAUAUUUCAGCGAAUGGAGACACGCCAAAAUCCUCAUCGGGACGUGUGUUUGCUGGUUCCUGCUUGACAUUGCAUUCUACGGCAUCAACCUGAAUCAAAAUGUUGUCCUUCAACAGAUUGGGUUCGAUGGAAAGACUGGGACGGCCUGGGAGAAGCUUUUCAAGAUUUCCACUGGAGGAAUCAUCAUAACUGCGCUCGGCUUUGUCCCAGGAUACUAUGUCUCGAUUUUAACCGUCGAGACGCUGGGACGCAAAUGGAUCCAGAUCCAAGGCUUCCUAAUGGCAGGACUGUUCUUGGCAAUCCUGGCGGGGAAGUUCCACUCUCUCAGCCACGCGUCCUUCAUCGUAUGCUUCGCCCUGCUCCAAUUUUUCUUCAAUUUCGGCGCCAACACAACAACGUACAUGUAUCCCGCCGAGGUCUUCCCCACCAAAUACCGUGCCUUCGCGCACGGCAUCUCUGCUGCGUCGGGCAAGGCCGGCGCGAUCAUCUCUGCGCUCGCGUUCAACCAGCUGAGCAUUGACAUUGGCACGGAUAAGGUCCUCUGGAUCUUCUUUGGCUGCUGCAUGGCCGGCGCGCUGUUCACGCUCCUUCUCCCCGAGGUCAAAGGCCGGGACCCUGACGAGGUCCUGGCUAAGGAGAUGUUGGAGCGGCGAGGGUGA